AUUUGCUCAAACUUUGGAUCGACGUCUCGUUUGUUUUUGUUUUCCUGUUUUUACGUACCGGGUAUCUCCGAAUGGUAACUUGUUAAUUGGAAAUGGAUUACAUUCCCCAGCACGAUGCUGGGGUUUCCAGGAGCCACACUGCUGCCAAAUCAACAAGGAUGAAUCCCCAGCAGGAAGCUCAUGCUCGUGCCAUGGUUAGUAAGUUGUCGAGAGAAGAACUCGAAGAUCAAUACCUGAGAUCACAAGAGGAAAACAUUGUUUUGAAACGACAUUCUCGAAAGCAAGAUGAGAAAAUUAAAAGGAUAUCCACUAAGUUGAUUCGACUUGUAAAUGACAGAAAGAAAUGGUCAGCAGAAACUGGGACUCCUGGAAAAAGAAGCACACGGGAAGUAUCCUUGGAAGAAACUAUUGAAACACAGCAAGAUCAGAUUAGAAAAUUACAGAAAGACAAUGAAAUGCUCAAGCAAAAGCUUCAUGUUGCUAACCAACAACUUCUGACACAAGGCAGAAGACACACUCCCUAUGGUCAUGUACAGUCUAGAAUUAACUCUGGGAUUGAGAGAAGACCUUUCAGCGCAAGAGAACGUUCAAAAACUGGAACUAGAUCAAAAAGUCCUGGUCAAGACAGCUUUACAACUUCUGUGGGUCCGAGAUACGGUCAUAGUUUGUUGGAAGAAGCCAGAGAUGAAAAUAAAAAUAUGCAGAAUGUUAUUAUAAGAUUACAAGAACAACUUGCCAAUGCUGAAUCAGAAAAUAAUCAACUCCAGAAUGAGCUCAGACUGAAAAAUGUUGCACAUGAAGAUGAUGUUCUCAAAUUUAAAGAGCAUUUGAAUUCAAACAAAAAAACAACACUGGGUGAAAAUAUUGAGCUUAUAAGAAUACAGCGUGAACUUAAGGAGAAGAGUUCAGCAUUUAAUGCAAUGGAAGCAAGAUAUCGAGAAUUACAAGACACACAUCAAAAUAUUCGACUCAACUAUGACAAAGUUCUUCAAGAAAUGGAACAUCUCAAAUCAAGACUCCAUGAAGAAGAAAGUCGUAGUUUUAGUUUGCAGAGCCAGAUGAAAGGAGGAGGCACAAGCCAGCGUAAAACUGCUGAACUGCAACAAACAAUCUAUGAUUUGGAAAGAGAACUUGAAAUAUUGAAAGAUGCUAAUGAAAGAUUGACGAACAAUGCGUUUGCAUCAGGACAAGAACAAAAAUGGAGGCAUGUUGAACGUGAACUAAGAUCUCAAAUCGCACAGCUAGAAGCUGUUGUACAAUAUGAUCUGAAAGAUAAAGAUUCAGUCUUACAGAAAGCUGCUAAUGAACGAGCAAUGAAUGAUCGCAUGCAAAAUGAAAGACGAGUUGCUCAUGAAGAAUGCUCUCGACUCCGAGUUGAGAAUCAAGAAUUGAGGAAUCGCCUUCGAUUGUUAUCAUCACUAGAUGAUGCUGUUGAUGUGGUCGAGUUAGAAGAAGCUCUGGCAGUGAUUCGUCAAAAACGACACCUGGCUGCGGAGCGGAAGCGUCCUGAUUUUCUGGAAAGUUACGAUGAAUCAAAAGAUCUUGAUACAUUAUAUAACGAACUUCAAGUUCAACAUGCAGACACUGUUCGUGAACUUGAGAAAACAAGAGAAAUGUUAUUAAUGCAACAUAAGAUUAAUAAAGAUUAUCAAAUUGAGGUGGAAAGUGUUUCAAAUAAAAUGGAACAGAUGAAACGAGAAUAUGAAGAUAAACUCGAACAUUUUGCUCAACUUCUUGAUGCAAGAGCUGCUAGAGUAAAGAAAUUAGAAAAGCAAUUACAUGAUGUUGCAUACGGAACAAAACAAUUUAAAUAUAAACCUGAAGAUGAGGAUGAGGUUGAGGCAGAAAAUGAAACUUUUGAUUUUGCUCGACUCGAGCGAGGAGAAAAUUUAUUGGAGAUCAGUAUUACUAAAGUAUCGCUAUCGAGAGAUGCAAUACAAGCGAUCGAUGACAGAGAACCAUCGACUUUCAUCACUUUUGCUUUCUAUGAUUACGAACUCGUCAGCACACCGAUCAUCAAAAGUGGAAGUCCAAGAUUUGACUUCACAUCUCAGUAUAUUGUGAAGGUUGAUGACUUACUACUUCACCAUUUACAAAAGGAUAGCACGUUAGUGGAACUUCAUCAAGCAUUUGGUACUGAAUAUACAACAAUAUGCGCUUGUAAAAUUCGAUUCAAUCAAUUGCUCGACAAACCACAAGGCAAACUGCAUGGUACAGCUAUUUUAACAGGUAUAAAAGAUGGUGCAAAUUAUGGAACUUUGGAUUUCUGGGUGAGAUUGAGAGUUCCGAUGGACCAAGCAAUUCGUUUAUACAAGGAAAGAACAAAAGCACUAGGAUAUUUAUCAGCAAACACGGCUACAACUCAGAAACAUCUCGACGCUGCAUUAACAACACAACCUCCUGACGAUAAUUUCAAUCAACUAGAAAUGCAAAUUAUGUCAUGCAACCACGUACAAGCUCGUAGACCAGGCGUUCAACCGAAUGUAUACUGUGUUUACAAGUUCUUUGAUUUUGCCGAUCAUGAUACAGUGAUUAUUCCAAAUUCAAACAAUCCACAUUUUGAUGAUCACCAGUCAUUCCCAGUACAAAUGUCAUCAGACCUGGAUGCUUAUCUAAAAUCAGAGAAAUUAGUAAUAUAUGUAUUCGAUGACGCUGAUCCAGACAUUGCAUCUUAUCUUGGGAAAGCAACAGUGGAUCUGAUACCACUCGCUCAUAACAAAGUAAUUAAAGCUCCAUUUCAACUGUAUAAACCUGAUGAAUCGGAAAAUGGAACAGUUGAAAUUUCAAUGCGUUGGAAAGUUCAAUACAAAGCUCCAGAUUCCGUCAUGAAAAUUCCUGAAUCUGACUCGGAACGAAGAGAAAAACAGCAGCAACAACAAAUGAUUCCCGAGAAAUUGGUCCCGGUUUCAAAAGUUUCAGCAUCAAAGCAAACAAUGCCUCAGACACAAAAAACAACGAAGCCAGCUAAAUCCGUCCAUUCGACUCCGAAACCUAAAGUUUCACAACCAGAGAUCAAAGAAAUACCAAUCAGUCCAAUUGAGUCCUCCUCUGUAAAAACAGUUGAAGAAGCUCCUCAACCACAACCAGUAGUGAAGGAAGUUAAGGAGAAAGUACCAGAAUCAGUGAAAGUCUUACCUCAACCUAAAGCCAGAACUCUGAAACCUGCUGCAACUCUUGAAAAACAUUUUAUAUCGGAAGAAGAAACUAUACCGAAACGAAUAUCAGAUGAUGAAACAAUUCCGCAACCAGUACCUCAAAAAGUUAAACCAGUAAAAAUUGUGCAGCCUGUCAAAAAUAAAUCAGAACUGGAAGAUUCAGCUCUUGAAGAUUCAAUACAAGAGGAACUCACUGAAGAUCUUGAUGAAGACGUAACUGAUGCUGAUGAUAUUGAAACAGAUACUGACAGUGUUGUUAUUAUGCAAAGUCCUAAUGUUACAAGUAGAAUGAAGACUGAUGAUCAGAUCCGUAUAUCGGUGAAUCAUCUUGCAAUUCAUCCUGAAAGUACAGUUUGGAAAAAUCCUGAUAUUCAGAGAUUAUUCAUUGAAUAUACAUUCCUCGGAGAUGUGGAGGAAACUCCUGUUGCUCUUCCUAAACCAAGUAGUGCAAAUCAAGAGAUCAGCUAUAAUUUCAGUAAAGUCGUGCAUGUCGAUGCGGAAUCAAAUGAAGAAAAGCGGAACCAUCUUGCAGCAAUGAUAUUGCAGAACAGUGGCGUGGAAUCUACAAUUGGUUUCGUUGUUGUCUCCGAACCACAAGAUGAAGAAAAUGAAUGUGAAGAAUUAGGUGAAGCCACAGUGGACUUGAAUCAAAUACUUAUGGUAGGGCAAGAUGUGAAUGACGCUGAUAUUGAUGUGAUGGACGUAAAUGAAGUCAUCGGUAGAUUGAACGUUUCUGUCGAAGCAGUUGCCGCACUCAACUCUGUUGUGAAGGAAGUUCAUCAUUUGGUUGAACAGCAAAAGGAAAAGUAGAUAAUGUCCUCAAAGUCAAAUUUUGAGGUUUUAAAUGUUAAAGGUUGUGUGUCAAAAUAUGGAAAACGAGAUGAGUUUUUAACUUUUAAUUCAUAAAACAUGAUUUGAUUCUUGAAUGUUGUUAAAUAUUACAAUAUUUUUGUGAACAAAUGUUUUUAAAGCUAAUUUGAACUUAUACAAAUUCAUUGGGCCAUAGUGUGUACCAGAUUAAAAAUGCAGUACUUGAUAUGAACAUUAAGCAUUGCAGAUUUUUUUUUUUUUAAAUUCAAAGAAAAUGUAAUUGAAUCUCUUUACGGUCAUCUUCUCUUGGUCAGUUGUUUUCAAACGUUCAUCACCAUUCGACCCCUUUCAAAGAAUAUCAGUUUUUGACCUCCUGCACUUCUUAUCCAUGUCACACAGAGAAUCACUCGGUGACUAUUAAGGGGCACCGUAUCUGAAGCCCUGCUCUAGGGAAAUUUAGAGUACAAGUACAUAUUGGGGUAACACUGAAGGAUCUUUAGUUAUUCUUCCAAAUUGAUAAAAAUAUCAUUUAUUGGAUAUUCGAGUCUAAUACCACCUUUUUUAUUUCCACAUUUUUCUGUAAUAUUCCCAAGUGCUGCUGAUAUUACUAGUAGUUAUGUUAUAAUGUUACUAAUAUAUAUCUGUUUUUAUACCUUAUAUUAAAAAAAUAUUUCCUAUGCUUAUUAUUGGUAAUAGGGGUAAAGGGAAACUC